UACUUUAGACCAUAAUUUGGAUAAACCUGACCUUCAGCUGAAAUUAAUCCAUGUGACUUGCCUCAGCUUCAAGGGCACUAACAUAAACAUAUGCAUGCAUGUAUUACCCUAUAAAUGCCAGUGAAAUUUUGUAACAACGGUAUCCGAAAACAAUAUUUCGUAGGGUUUGCAAAAUUACAACAGUUUUUGGGAAACUAAAAUGGCUACUAACAAUGCAUAUCACUUGCCACACCUCUUUGUCUCGUGUUUACUAACUACUUUGUUUUGCUUCUGUGAGUUCUGCUACUGUUUCCACCCCAAACAAGCUAUGAAUUUGUCAACUGCGGCGGUCGAAUGGUCACCUGCAGAAAUUCCGAAGUACCAAAAGAAAAGAAAAUGGUCGCCCGCUGGUGCAACUUGGUACGGCAGUCCUGAUGGAGCUGGAAGUGAUGGAGGAGCUUGUGGAUAUGGAGAUGCAGUGUCAAAGCCUCCUUUCAAUUCCAUGAUUACAGCUAUUAGCCCAUCUCUCUACAAAUCCGGCAAAGGAUGUGGAGCUUGUUACCAGGUGAAAUGUACGACGAACCCGUCGUGUUCAGGCAAUCCGGUGAGGGUGGUGGUAACAGAUCUUUGCCCCGGAGGCCCCUGCGUGCCGGAGUCGAUUCAUUUUGAUCUAAGUGGGACUGCAUUUGGUGCCUUAGCAAAGCCUGGUGAACAAGACAAGCUCCGUGGUGCAGGAGUCCUGCAAAUUGAACAUGCACGUGUUCCAUGCGAUUACGCAGGAACUACCAUAGCCUUCCGGGUUGACCCGGGGUCGAACCCUUACUACUUCGCGGUAGCACCUCAAUUCGAAGAGGCGGAUGGUGAUCUUGCUAGCGUUGAUCUAAAGGAAGCUACGUCAACUACUGCUGGACCAGAUGAAUGGAAACCCAUGCAGCAAUCUUGGGGUGCUGUUUGGAAGCUCGAAUCCGGGUCGGCAUUACAAGCUCCUUUUUCUAUCCGGUUGACGUCCGGUAACACCGGCAGGAUCCUCGUGGCAAACGACGUGAUACCAGCUGGUUGGCAGCCUGGUGCUAUUUAUCCAUCCUUGGUUAACUACCUUUGAUUUGGGAUUCGGAUGCAGAAUUCGUACUUGGUGGUUGUUUGCGAGAAUCGAAUUAUGUAAACAAUAAAGUGGUGAUUGUGUGGUUUAGACUAAAAUAAUAAUAAUAAUAAUGCAUGUAAGCUACAAGAUGUAGCUGCUUUUUUUCUCCAAAUUAAUUAAUGAAAUAGUCUCCAU